CGAUAACCAUUCCUCAGGUUCAUCAGUCGUCCGUUCUACGCUCCGGUUUUCGCUUUCGAUGCUCCAGAAAUGAUAUCGAAGUUGACGUGUCCAAGGAAGAACAUCACGAUGUUAAUCUGACCCCGCCCUUCAACAUGACUGCCAUCAUGUUCUCCUUGCCUCUCUGGCGACAAGCAGCUCGUCGCCCUCUUACUUCUCAAUACCAAAAGAUGACCUCCUUCCAGCGAUUAUGUUUCUCUUCCUACGUGGUCACGCCGAAAGAAGUCCACGAAGCGUUGAGCAAGAAUGCCCCUACAUCCAUUUCCACGGCUCCCAAGGUCGUCCCGAUCUGUGCCGCCUGGUUCAUGCCUAAUGAUCCUGAGAAAAGAACUGGACCCGAGGUGUUCCAGAAGAAGAGGAUACCCACUGCACGAUUCUUCGACAUCGACGAAAUUAAAGACAAAGAGUCUGAAUACCCACAUAUGUUGCCUACUUGCGAAGAAUUUGCAGAUGCCAUGUCCAAGCUCGGCGUGAGGAGGGACGAUGAGCUGGUCAUCUAUGAUACCGAAGAGCUUGGAUUGUUCUCGGCGCCCAGGGUUGCGUGGACUAUGCGAGUAUAUGGUCAUCCCAAAGUCCAUUUGCUCAACAACUUUCGCUUGUGGGUCAAGGAGGGCUAUCCGGUUGAGACUGGGCCGCCGCAAGUGCCCAACAUUACCAAGUAUCCUGUGCCCAGCUACAACACCGACAUGGUCGUCAAAUUCGCAGAGAUGAAGACUAUCGGGUAUGACCAUGGCAAGGAGGGUGCAGAAGACAUACAGAUUCUAGAUGCCCGCUCCAAAGGCAGAUGGGAAGGGGCAGACCCAGAACCUCGACCCGGCUUGAAGUCUGGACAUAUGCCAGGAUCUACGAGCGUACCAUUCCAGGAACUCCUUGAUCCCGAGACGAAGACAUUGCUACCCAAAGAAGAGCUCAGGAAGCUCUUUGAAGCCAAAAACCUCGAUCCUAGCAAGCCGAUCAUCACCAGCUGUGGCACAGGAGUGACCGCAGCGGUCAUUGAAGCCGCCUUGAGGGAGGCAGAUUUUGGAUCAGAUGAUGAUCGAAGGCUGUAUGAUGGCAGCUGGACUGAAUGGGCUUCCAGAGUAUCUCCCACGAGUGGGCUUAUCAAAUCGACCGGCUCAUCGCGCUCAUGAUCGUCGAACUUUACUGUGGUGUUGACCGGAGGAUGUCGUUGCUAGGUUGUGGUCGUUUUGCAUUCAUGAUAUUUGCAGAGUUUUGAUAUUAGCGACGGCGUACAAGCGUUAGUUCGAGCACUUUAUCUGUAGUCUGAUCUGAACCAUGCGGUCUGCAGCGAUCGCUGUGGCCUACUUGAAUGGUAUCUCAUUCUUGUCAA